AUGGUCAAAGGGUAUCCGUUGCGGAUACCCGCUAUCCCCUGGCGGAUACCCGCCAGAUUCAGCGGAUAUCCGCCAGGGGAUAUGGAUUUGGGUUUGGAUGUGCCCUUUUCCCAGAAAUUUGGGCGGGUAUCCGGAUAUACCCAGGGAUACCUGAGACCAAUGGCCGGCUGGAAGGGUUUCCUUCCAGCCGGCAAGUCUUUGGACAAAGAACAGGAUGAAUUAGAUGAGCAAUGGAACGACUGGGUUGAGGAUGAAAGCACCCCGACAUCUACUUUGGUUUAUCCCUCAGUCACCGUGCCAUCUGUCCAGGCCGCACUCGAACACAACCUCAACACCCAUGGGUUUUGCUUUAGAUCGCUGAUCAAAAAACUCAAACUGGAUGCUAUUGGUCGGAUCAAACUGAUUAAUUGGAUCCGUGCUGGACCCUCAAACAGUCGGCCAAAAAUCAAAUUAGAAAACCUGAGCAAAGAUGAGGCUUGGCUGCGUCAAGACUCUGAAGAAUGA